AUUUUUCUUUUGUCAGUCACAGCAAAAAAUAAAUAAAUACACAGGCUUGUUUAAACACGCGACUGACCCGAAGUCAUCGACCUUCGUGUGGGUUGUCGAGCUCACACAGUCAUGAGAAAUUCUCCGCAAACAACGCAAAUUUGUUUUAGAUACGCGCUCCCACGCGCUCGUGCUCACUAUUGGCGCGUUUGAUUGGUCGUCUACAUAUAGUGUUUAAAAGCGCUUUUCCUCAGACUGCACUCUUUAUUCGCACUGGAUUUAUUUGUAGUCUAACUGAAAAUGGUUCGCACGUUCAUUCUGAUGUGUCUUCUGGUUGGUGGGAGAGCGUGUUUAAUUUCCGAGAGUGUAGAACAACAUGUAUGGACAGAGGGACGUGCUGUUACUCUAAAGACUGAUCUUACUGAACUACAGAGAGAUCAUGUGAUACUAUGGAAGUUUUAUGGUGGAAGUACAAUCUUAGCAAAGAUCGACAGAGAAACAAAUGAGACGUCAAUACCUGGAAAUGCUGAUGAGAGAUUCAGAGACAGACUGAAGCUGAACGAUAAGACUGGAGAUCUCAUCAUCACACACAGCAAGACCUCAGACUCUGGAUUAUACAAGAUGGAGAUCAGAGACAACACAGGGACAAGACACAGGAUAUUCGGAGUUCAUGUUGAAAUUGAAUUUAUAGGUGUAGAACAACAUUUAUGGACAGAGGGACGUGCUGUUACUCUAAAGACGGAUUUUACUGAACUACAGACAGAUCAGGAGAUACUGUGGAGGUUUAAUAAUGAAACUACAAUCUUAGCAAAGAUCAACAGAGAAACAAAUGAGACGCCAAUACCUGGAAAUGCUGAUGAGAGAUUCAGAGACAGACUGAAGCUGAACGAUACGACUGGAGAUCUCAUCAUCACACACAGCAAGACCUCAGACUCUGGAGAUUAUAGGAUGGAGAUCAAAGACAGCACAGAUACAAGACACAUGAGAUUCAGUGUUACUGUCAGUGACUUUGGUGUUCCAAAGGGGUUUGUGCUGGUGAUGUAUGGACGUUCUGUUACUCUAAAAACUGGUCUCAAUGAACUACAGACAGAUCAGGAGAUACUGUGGAUGUUAAAUGAUGAAAAUAAAAUCUUAGCAAAGAUCAACAGAGAAACAAAUGAGACGUCAAUACCUGGAAAUGCUGAUGAGAGAUUCAGAGACAGACUGAAGCUGAACGAUACGACAGGAGAUCUCAUCAUCACACACAGCAAGACCUCAGACGAUGGAGAAUAUAGGAUGGAGAUCAGAGACAAGACAGAGACAAGACACAGGAGAUUCAGUGUUAUUGUCAGUGAUUCAGUGAAAACUAAAGAAAAUGAAUCAACAACAGUUUUGAAGCCUUUAGUGAAUAAAGCAGAAGAUGAAGAUGAUUUAAUAAUUACUUAAACAACUAUCAGCUAAAUAUAAACAGUAUUAAAAAAGUGUUUGUUUCUGAUCAUUUAUGUGCUUUAAUGGAUAAACUGAUUAUUUAGUAAUGGCUGUUUUAACAGUAAACACAUGCUAGUGUUGUGUUCGAGCUGCUCAACAUGUUAUACUAAAUACACAAUGUAUGUCAUUAUUAAUGAAUUAAGAAUGGUUCUUUGUGUUCUGUUUGUGGCUUUAUAUAUAUAUAUAUGAACAAAUAAUCUACAUACACGUUUCUUAUCAUUUUAAAUGUUAUAUAAAGAUACUUUUAUUAUA